UUAUCCUUGUUUGAGAAGCACGUCGUUUAUGGUACAUCUAAUGUACUGUAUGUGUUAAAUUACAAAAUGGCAGGAUAUAAAGAAGGAAUUGGAUGGUUAUGUUGAGUGUAAUAUGUAUGCCGCCGUUCCUCCCCCAGAGCAAUCGAUUCCAGAAAGCAGUGGGAGCAAAGAAAAAGAAGGCCCUCCACGUGGGAUAUCAGAAGAAACGUGGCAGAGAUUUCAGCACUUGAGAGAACGAAGACUGCAGUGCUGUAAAGUUUCAACAGAGAAGAGGGUUAAAGAACUUAGGAAGAAAGCAACAACAUCAGUUUUGGAUAACUUCACAAGAGAUGAAGAAGUUGCAGAGCUCCGGGACCAAGGUGUGAUCCUUAAAAAGGCAGGAAACAAAAGAAGACCAACUGAAUUCUCACAUAUGCAAGAGAAAAUCAAAGUGAAAAAAGGUAAUGAGAAAAGAUGGAAUGAACUGCAACAAUAUUUCAACUCAGCUGUACAUUUAGAAGAGCAUGAAACAGCUCACAUGAAAUACAUACCAAAGAAUAAAAUUGAAAGAAAUCUGGAGGUUGCACUUAAAGAGAAAAAGUUUGAACUCUCAGAAAAACUGAACAAGCAACUCAUGGAACAUGACUUUGCAGUAAAAGUUGCUCAAGCUGUUGAAUGUAGAGACUAUUCAAAGAUAAAAGGUGCUGAGGAUGAAAAAGCUAAGAGGAGAAAACAAUCAAAGCCUCAUUGGGCAUUUGAACAAAAGGCAAGAUGGGAAAGCAAAGGAAACAUGUAGAAAUGAAAUACAGUCUAGUUUGAAAGAAAACUGAAGCCCAUUAAGGCUCCAUUUUUUGUGGCUGUUUCAUGUUGCAGAAGUUUGAUAUUGCCCAGCCCCAGUGAAUGAGGAUGAAACUGCAACUUACUUUGAAUAACAGGGAAAACAACACACAAACUUGUGAGCAUAUCUGAUUUGAAUCCACCCACCAAAGACCAAGGCCAGGUGAACUUGAAGGUUGCAAAUGGGGGUCCUAAUCUCUAACCAGAAGCAAUAGUUAAAAGUUUGUAUGCCACUUAUAUGUGCUCUAAAGAACAUUUCAUGUGUCACAAAUUUAAAAGGGAAAACUUUAAAUUUUUGUUCUUUUGUGCAAGGUUUCAGAAAAAAAUUCAUGGGUCUUGUACUUUUCAGUAGGCAAUUCAUGCUUCUCACAUGUUCAUAAAUUCAUGAAUCAUGCUUGCGUAUUGAUUUUGGCCUUUAACAUUUGUCACAUAUAAACCCUUUGCCACACUCUUGAAGACUAUCGGUGAAAUAAGGCUAGUGCUCAGCCAGCUAUGACUUAAAAUUGGAAACUACGGCAGGGGUCUGUCAAACUUUUAUAAAGAACAGUUGGUCAUUGGUGUACGUGCUAGAUUGUUUUUGAGGCUGAUAAAAUUCCGCAUUGUUAAAUUCUAAACUUAAGGUAUUUAUAAAUUAAGAGGUCUUUUUGUGCCAUCAUGAAAGUUGUAAAGAUCACUGUAUUAGUGACAGGUCUCUAACAGAUUAGACAGUUUCGAGAAUAACAGUAUGUUGUUUUUUUCUUUGCUUUGAAGCUUAAGAACAUGACAUGAUAUUGUAUACUUGACAUAUAACAACUUUUUACACCUUUUAAGCGAUUAUAUGAUCAUUUCAUGGCUGACUGGCAGUCACUGGUAUUUUAGGGUAUUUGUUUUUAAAAAAUAACUCCAGAACGUUUACUGGAUUUUACUCCCAGAGGAAUUAUUCCUUUAUUCUUAAUCUUACCAACUCUGUUAGGGAUUAAUUUAACAGUCUGAGAACAAACAAAGCAAAGUUCAAGAAUAUCUUAAAACAAAUUUGCAUUUUUUCUGUUCCCUAUCCCUGGGUAGGAAACCAUUUAUUUUACGAGGAUGCUCACAAAUGCAAAACUUGAUAUUGAUUUAAGUUACUAAAAUUUGCUAAGCAUGAUUAACAUUCUUUUCUUUCUUACCAGUAUGACGUCAAUGCAAACAUUCACAAACAUAAACCACAUUGAGGAAAAAAGUCACAGGAAAUAGUAUUAACUGUGAACAAAAAGGGAGAAUCAGAAAUUUGGCCAUAGGCAGAGGUAUAUCUAUUCCUUGGUAAAACCUUUUCUGGAGAACAGUUUUGGUUACAUCUCUUUCUCACUCGCUCUCUCUCUUUAAGUAAUGCCCACCACAAUACUGAUUCUUGUGUAUACCUUCUAUAGAUGACCAAUAUUGGCUCAUGUCCAUUGUUUUCAUGCAAGUGGUUUUAUUUUGUGGUGUACAUAUUUUAACUUUAAGAAUUAAAUUUCACUUUGGUCAUAUAACCUUAUAUCCCUUGCAUGAUUAGUAAAUGUCAUCAAGUAAAGAGUAGGCAGAGAGUACUGUACGUGAGGUCACUGCAAGACGUCACAGUGGACUUGCUUCACUUCAUCUUCGUAUUUCCUACAUUGUUUCAGGCACGACUGCUCUUGUUCAUUUGUGCAUAACCUUUUUUACCACAUGGGUUCUUUUACUCUGUGUUGGCACUGCUUGACUGCAAAUAACUAAUGUAUAUAAACAAAUUACCACCAUUUAUCUUUCUGUUCGUUUAUUUGGAAUCCCUCAGCUUUAACUGGACAGCCUGACUGAAUUGUUAGACUAAGCUGAUCAAUAUUAAGCCAAGUACAUUAAUAUCAGUUAUCUGUUUGGAAAUAACAAAGCACAGACUAGAUAUUUGUAUCCCUAAGAUAAUGCUAAUCUGCAAUGUGUGAUACUCAAGUAUUGGCUUCAUUAUUUGUCAUCAGGACAGGGAUGGUUUGAUAAACUUUUUAUGUGGCGAUUGA